AUUGCAGACAGGAGGCUGCUACGCAGGCACCGAGCCGUUGUCGUGCGUGGCAGCCGUGGCAACAAAUAGCGGGACCUUCACGGAGAAGCUUCUGCUCCCAACAGGAGAGAGCUCUCCCUCCCCAUCACGUCCCCCAGCUCUCCUGCAAGCCCCUGCGGCUACCCUGGAGGAGACAGAGAGCUCUGGGAUCCCCUUCAGCCCCAGUAUACCACCUGAGCCCCCUGAUUCUGGUGGCUGUCGGCUCGUGACCCCUGGGAUGGAUAGCCCAUCAGAAUGGAAAGAGCCAGCAAAAACUAGCAAUGGCAGCAAUGAAUCGAAUGGAACAUCCCAAGCCAAGAGCCCAGAUUGUGGCUCUGCUGAGGCACUGGGUAGGAGGAAGCACAGGCGGCGGUCCUCAAAACGCAAAAGGCACGGAUGGCGGCCCUACCUGGAACUGAGCUGGGCCGAGAAGCAGCAGAGAGAUGAGCAGCAGAGCCAGCGGGCCUCCAGGGUUCGAGAGGAGAUGUUUGCCAAGGGGCAGGCUGUGGCACCCUACAAUACCACUCAGUUCCUGAUGGAUGACCAUGACCUGGAGGAGCCAGACCUAGGGAACCCCCAGGGAGCCCCCCACCAGGGUUCUGGAUGGGAGGAGGAAGAUGGGGGAACUGGGGACAUUGAUGGGCGAGGGAAAGCUCAGGGGGAGUUUCUCCAGAGAGACUUCUCAGAAACCUACGAGCACUACCACGUAGAGAGCCUGCAGGGUCGGAGUAAGCAGGAACUGGUGCGGGACUACUUGGAGCUGGAGAAGCGGCUUUCGCGGGCCGAGGAGGAGACAAGGAGGCUGCAACAGCAGCGGAACCCCUUGGGGCCGCACCCCUGUGAGCGGGCCCAGGAACUGGCAGCUGAAGUGGAACGCCUGAAGAUGGAGAACCAGAGGCUUCGCCGGGAGAAUGAGAUGUGGGGCCGAGAAGGCAACAGCUCUGGAGAGAACCCGGGCUCCUAACCCCCAGCUCCCCAGGGCGGACUCUGAGAGGGAGGGAGGAGAAGCCGCCCUGCACUGUGGCCCAGGGGGUGCCCCCCUCCGGCACACACUGGAGCUCAAGGCCUGGCUCUGGACAGGGACCGCUGGGAGCAGAGUUCCAGGUUUGAACUUCUCCUUCUUCUUCCAGCAUGCUGCCCCACCCAGAGUCGAAGUUCCAUGAAGACAAGUUAAGUUUGUUUUCUU